AUGUCCUUCAUUAAUCAAACGAAGUUAAACACCACCUUAGAUCUGCAGCGUCAGGGCAUCCUAGGGGUGGUGUUAUUUUCCACUGCGACAACGCUGCCAUGCUGUGUGUUUCUUUUCAUUAAUCUGACUAUGUUGUACACUCUGAGGAGUAAGGAGGUGUUUCGAGACACCUCUCGUUAUGUUCUGUUGUUUAACCUUCUGUUUGCAGACACGAUCCAGCUGACACAGAGCCAGACAAUGUUUUUACUGUCUUCUUCCAGAGUAACUAUGCUGUAUUUGGUGUGUGUGGGUCUGACUAUUCUCACCAAUCUCACACUCACUGUUUCAAUUAUCACUCUGGUGAUCAUGUGCUUAGAGAGAUACAUCGCUGUGUGCUAUCCAUUCAGGCACAGCGUUUUUAUCACCACCAAAAACACAGGAGUGGUUAUUUGUAUCAUUUGGUGUUUCGGUACACUAAAAGACAUUAUGCAACUAGGUCUAAUUUUAAAAUGUUCUUUUUAUAAUGUGAAGCAAGUGCAGAUGCUGGACUUCUGUGGGAAAGAAAGUGUGUUUGUUGAUUCAGCCUCUGACAUUUUUAACAAAGCUUUCACCUAUUUCCUGUUCGUGUUAGGAGGUGUAACCGUCACUUUCACCUAUACUGGCAUCAUGGUAGCAGCUCGCUCAGCCUCCACUGACAAGGCUUCAGCCAGCAAGGCUCGAAGGACUCUGCUGCUGCAUCUGCUGCAGAUGGGCCUCACAAUGUCCUCCACCAUACACAACUCACUGCUCAUAGUUAUCACCAGUAAUCUAGACAGGGUUCCAGCUGUGCGCCUGCAGGUUGUUCUUUAUGUUUGUGUUAUUGUCCUUCCUAAAUGUCUGAGCUCCCUUAUCUACGGCCUCAGAGACCAGACCAUCAGGCCCAUCCUCAUGUUGAACCUCAUCUGUCAGUGGAGAGGCUCAGUUUUCAUUCCUGAUGUCUCAGCUAAUAAUAAAAUCAGAAUACAUAUUUAA